GCCGAAAAGGCAAGAAGGUUGUGGAUGACACGUCCACAGGCGACGGAGGGAAAAGUAGGGAUUUUUGGACUGUCGAUCAUAUGAUCUCUCUGGUCCGGGCGAAAAGAGACCAGGAUUUGCAUCUCGCCAGGCCGGGGCACAACUAUGGACGGAUGAAGUCGAGGACAUGGAAGUGGAAUGACAUUGAGAAGAGGCUCGUGAAGGCGGGGGUGACUAUUAGGAAGGCCGAGGAACCAGCAGUUCAAAUCCGUGCACAGAUUCAUGGGACAAUCGGGGAAGCAAAAUUUCUUCACACUAAUACUGGCGGAGAGGAAGGAGAAAGGUUUGACUUUCGGAUGGAUGAGCGUGUGUAUUCCGAGAUGAACGCAAUGUCGAAGGCCGAUCACACUAUUCACCCGACGAAUCUCGCAGACACGGGUGCGGCUGGAGGAGUUAAGAUGGUCGGGCCAGGUGGCGGUCGGAACGAAUCCGUGGCCAGCGAGGGAUGUGGGGACGGACAAGACGACGAUCAGGGAUCGACGAGGGAUUCGACGUUCAACUGUGGUAGUGCAGGCGGGGGCGGCAAAAGGAAGAAUGUCAGACAACAGACCUUCGAUGCAAUCGCCGACGUCAUGGAUAAGCACGGGAAGCUGAUGGCGACGACGGUGGACAACGCAAGCAAAAGGCAGUGUUUAGUUCUAACGAGGCAAUCCGACAUUCUCGAGCGAGAGGUAGAGGUGCAGAAGCAGCACUACGAGAAGGCCGACCUGGGGAACUUGAUGAUGUGCAACGCCUUUUUGGAGAUCGCGAAAGCGAUCCGAAAGGAGAGGAGAGAUAGCGGUCUUGGCAAGGGGGGGGAAGGCCAGAAAGGUCGAGGCCAUGUGCCCAGGUCGAAAAGGCUGCGCGUUGAUGAGGCGAGCUCGGAGAAUGAUGACGACUUCCAAUCAGAGGAAGUUGUGGUGGUGCACGCGCAAAGGAUGUCAGGGAGCCAGCGAUUGGGUUUUGGGCAGGACGGGGUGUUGAGGGAUCAACUCGCUGCUAUCGGACAAGUCGUCGCUGGUGGUGCCGUCGGAGUGUCGCCUAGGACACACAAGACUCAAGGGAUUGUCAUCAACGAGGCGCGCGUGCAGAGGCAAGUUGUGGGGGUGGGUGAGGAGAUGGCAAGCGGCGUUCGCGCACCGAUCGUCCCAGUCGUUGGGGGUGGCCGACUUGACAAGGCAGUGAUCGGGGCAGUCCAGCCAUGUCAGGCACUCCCCGUGCAACAGGCGAGCGCACAUCGUGGAGAAACAGGUAAUGCGCACCAUCCACGGGUGGAUCUUCAAGUCGUCGUCGAGGUCGAAUGGCUUUGCUCGUGCAGAGUCAUACAUCACCGUCGACUACACUACGGACGUCGCACGAGCUGUUUGGUAGGGUUGGAAUGGUCGAGAGUGGUUUCCCCAACCCUCAUUUACUACACGUUGCAAAUGAAGAUGGACAUGCCUUUGUGGUUCGCUGGGGUGAAAAUUGUGGACAAACCUGAAGAUGAUGACAUGACGGCGCAACAGGAGGCGACAAUUCUUCGCAUGGUGGAGUGCUGGACAGAUGCGCUUUGGUGCGGGCAAUGGGCGGAUGGUGGCAAAUUGAAACAAGAGAGGUUAACGCGGCUUGCGGAUUGUCUGAGGGUUUUGUUGAGCGCGUGCAUGUGGAUCAUGCGCAUGGGUGGCGAUGACGAUCGUUCGCACUAUGAGGCGGGAUUGUACGCAUCACUGACCGCGAAACCCACUCUCAUAGCGGCGGGGUCGUACAUCUUCAACUGGACGCGACACAUCGUUGACAGCGCCAACCUCGUGUUGGAUCGCCUCGGGAAGCCCUACCUCAAGCUGGGAGAGUACUCGCAUUGCAUCCUGGAAUGGGUUGAUUGUGGGUUGGUGUGCGAUCACAACGCCGCCCUGAAGAAUGCAGCUGAAGCCGCAAAACACGACUGGACCGACAGCGGUCCUCCAGCGGUCCUCCAGCGGAUGAAGAUGGCGGUGACGGCAAGUGACAUGCGGGGUCAUUUGGAAGGUCAAUCGGUCGGGGUGGUCGUCCUGCGUGGGGAGGCUCUUCGAUCUCCGGGUGGUGGGGCAUUCGACGCAGGGUUCAAAGUGGCCUUGGAGAAAAGCGAGUUCUUCUUGUCGGAGAUCUCAUUCUUGGGGUAUAUCGUCACGGUCGAUGGACUAAAACCGGAUCCGAGGAAGGUGGCAGCAGUUCAAGACGCCCCGGCGCCGGUAACACUCACCCAGGUUCGGGCUAUUCUAGGGCUGGCAUCCUAUUACCAAUGCUUCAUCAAGGGGUUCGUCGGCAUAGCGAAGCCCCUCACGAACCUGCUGAAGAAAGAGAAACAGCUGAUCUGGACGCCGGAAUGCGAAGCGGCGUUUCAGGCGUUGAAGGAGGCUCUGACAUCUGCUCCUGUACUGGCACGCCCCGACCCGACAAGACCGUUCGCACUGUACACAGACUGGCAGCCUCAGGCGAUAUCGGCGGUGCUGACUCAGCACGACAAGGACGGAAGGGAGCACAUCAUUGAGUAUGCGUCCAAGAAGCUGAGUCAGGCGCAGGCUAAUUACGAAGCAUGCAAAGCGGAGAAGGAAGGGAUGGUGGCGCUGUACCCCUUCGCCCAGCUCCAGACAAUCGAUCCGGGAUUGUUGGAGCUCAUACAUCUUGAGCUCCUCUCCAUUGCGCAAGUGAUCGCGAGCGAGGAGGAGGAGAUCCAACCACGAUUGCGGACGGCGACGGCCCCGCGGAGAACGUACAACGCGGUGGUCAUCCCGGAUUACAUUGCACAGCGCGCGGAGAGAUUGGAGGACUUCCCGGAGGAAAGGCCGUUGCGUCCUCCCUCGUCGUAUCCUCGACCAGCGCCACCGAAGGCCCCCAAGAAGACGCCGAAGAGGAAGAGACGCCACCCGUCGCCAGGAGCGCAGGGCAGCAGGAUCGGCGGCGGCGAGGAGGUGAUUCAGCCCCCGCGUACGCGGAUUCCUAACCCUGUGCCUGGGAGCGCGGCGACGCUCGUUAAGGAGACUAUCGUGCCAUCGCCGCCCAUUCCGCGUGUGCCCGAUCUCAAUCUUGAUGGAGUCGGGCCAUCAUCAGCAGCAGCAGCCGGAGGAGGAAGCCGAAUGGGAUUUCUGGAUCCCAUAUCCAGACCCCCCGAGGAGACUGAUGAGGAGGAGGAUGCGGAGGAGGAUGAGGAGGAGGAGGAGGACGAUGAUGAUGAUGAUGAUGAUGAUGAUGAAGAGGAGAAGGAGGAGGAGGGGGAUUAUACGAUGUCAUGUACCUGGCAGCGAAAAGGAGCUGGAAUCAUGGAAAGGAGGAAGAGCAGAGGAUGCUGUGGCGACACUCCUCAGGCAUUCGCCAGUGAAAAAUAUGGUGAGGUCAUGGAGAGGGUGAAGGACAGACGAGGUCGCUUGACUUCGACACUCUGGCUUCUGCUUCUGGUGUCCAUUUUCCUUCCUGCGGGAUGGAGCAAAUCUUUGCAGUCUGUGCCGGAGCUGGAAAACGCUAUGUACAAGAUAAUCGACAACACUCCCUGUGUGCGUCUUCUCACUCUUUCUGGGGAGAUAGGAUGUUCAAAUCCAGGCCGCACGGUGGUGAGAGCGCCUAUCCAGCGGAUAACAGAUCCAGCGGAGCAAGUGAAGGGUUUUCAUUCUAUCCUUCUCCCCAUUGAAACCUUUGCACCUUUCAUGACAAGGUUGCGGCAGGAUGGGAAACUUGCAGCUAUGGUGGCAGGAGUGAUUGUAGAAAUGCAGGAGACGGACGGACCGGGCAAUCAUAGCCUUAAAGCUUUUUCUCCAGCAUCUCAAUUUCCACAGGCAGAGUUUGCUCCAUACAAAGACCAUGUCUGGAACCGUGAGGGCUCGGAUAUCUCUCGCCAGAGAUACAACUUCCCUGUAGUGCUUCUGAGCAAGAGCAGUACACAACUGUUUCACAAGGUACGUGUUGCGUUCCGCAGACCACAAGCAUCAGCCACAGGCGAUCAGCCUUGACCCGACGAUGUCUUCAGUGACCAGCCAACCUUGAUCCCAUGGCCUCUUCAAGCAGGCUUCUGACAACAAAGGCCGGCGUGUUUC